CGAUCCUCCCAUUCAUCUGAGUAACAUCGCAAAUACAAAAACUCAAAAUGAACAAAUUUGUGUUAUUCGUCACUCUCCUCUUCGCCUCAAGCGUUUUGACCGCACCCAACCCACUGCGGUUCCUCCCAGCCCUCAAACACGAGCACAUUCAAGACGAAUUCGGCCAGUACGCCCUGCGGUACGUCACUGCUGAAGGCACCAUUGUAUCUGAGAACGGCAAGCUAAUCGCCAACGCUGAUGGCACGGGUCACGUUAUGGUGGUCGAUGGUGAAGUGACAUACGUCGGCGAUGACGGAAAGAAGUACAUCACUAAGUAUACCGCUGGAGUUGAUGGUGUUAAGUUUGAAGGAGACCAUUUGCCUGUUGCACCUGCUGUGCCUGCGGAGAUUGUUGCUGCUGAUGCUGCGUUAUCGACUGGGGCUCCGGCUAAAGCUGAAGCUGUAACUGAUGCUUCGCCUUCUGUUGAUGUUGUAGUUUCAACUGCUGCUCCGGUUUCAAGUGAUGCGUCGCCUGUGAUCCCUGAAGCUCCUGCUGUGCCCCCCAUGAUAGAAACUGCUUCUGCUUAAAUGUUAUACGAUUGGAAAUAAACG